AUGUCGACAGACGUGGAGAAGCUCGGUCGCUGCUUGGUUGACUUCGCGAAGGCGCCCUCCUUUUUCAAGGGCUCGGGUAAAUCGGGGGGUUUCGGCAAGUCCUCCAACAUCCUGAGUCAGCAUCGCACGUGGUCCGAGAUAUCUAAGGUGAGGCCUUCGCUGAGUUGGAGCAAGCCCGAGGCGACGGAGGCGAUGGGGGUCGUGCUCAAGGAGUGCAAGGAAAAUUGGAAGGAGUUCAAUAAGGAUGACGAGACGGAUUGGCUCAGCAAGAUGCCGAAUCGUUUCAAGUUCGUUUGCAGGGCCAUCAACCAGGCGAGGCUCAAGAAGACGAGCAAGUGGGUCCACAAGCUCGGUCUCGCCGCCGCUUCCAAGGAGGGCGCCGCGGCGCAGGCUACAGAUGUUGACGGGGAUGCGCAAGCCGAGGAUGGCGAGGAUGAGCCCGUCGAGGACGAAGGAGAGGAAGAGGACGAGGCCGAGAAGAACGACGAGGACGACCUACCGCUUUUGCAGCUCUCCGAGGCUGCUGUCAAGGAGCCCGACUCCGACAAGCAGCAGGGCGUCGACGGCGCCGUUGGCGCGUCCGAGGACAGCCUCAAGCAUGAGGGCAAGUGCGUAUUGGGCUUCUGCCGCGAGCACAUGAAGGCGUGGAGGUGCAUGCCAGGUCAGAAAAAGGAGUUCACGAAGGACGUCAAGAAGCCAGAGGGGUCCACGCCAGAGGACCCAACCUUGGCAACGUGGUCCGAUGGUUUCAAAGCUCGCAUCUUCCAGUUGAGUUGCGCCGAGUUCGACGCGAUCGAGGACACCGAAAAGGUUAGCACCUCCAGGGGUACGUAUGUCUGGGAGACUCGCCCGACGGAGAACUCGCGCAUCUGGGUGAGCAGGCCUACCUCGAAGAACAACGUGUUCUGCGUCCACUCCAAGGUCGACGGGUCUCAGAGCCAGAUGUGCCAGGUCAAGGCGACGGCGUUCGGGGAUGACGAGGAGCAGAUCAAGGAAGCCGAGAAGCUCGCAGUGAAGCUCGCUCAGAAGUUGGCGUCCACGGAGGACACAACCAAGGAUAUGCUCAAGGAGCUCAGGGACAAGGCGCUGCCCACGCCCACGAAGGUCAAGAGGCUGGCGAGCCAGACCGACGGCAAGCAACCAGCACCGAAGAAGGCCAAGAGCAAGGCGAAGGCCAUUCCACCCUGUCAGGCGGAGGCCGCGCAGCCCGUCGUGCCAGCCGAGCCCGUCACGCCAACGCCCGACGAGGGGAAGAUCACGGAUUUGCCAGGGAGCGCCUCGGCCAACGAGUCCGAGUCCGAGAAGGCGGCCAUCUCACACAAGUGCGGGUUCUGCGGCGAGGAGCCCACGUGCCUGGACAUCUUCAAGAAGUACAACUUGUGCACGGCGUGCUACAAUGAAAAUAUAUUUGGUUGA